AUGGCAAAAUCCAACCUCUUGUUUAUACACUUCUCAUCGUCGUCGUUCUCGUCUAGAAGACGGCCGGGACUGUUAAAGCAUCUAUCUCGACGACUCUCUCAAACUGCUUGCGAAUUCGACAUGGCUUGUAACUCCUCAGGAUGUGAGUCCGGCGGUUGCUCUGAGCGUGAGAAGGAAAACGGGAGUAAGAUAGAGGAGAGUGCAGUAGCUGGUGGUGUUAGUCAGGAGAGUGUUUGCGUCAAGUGUAAAUGCAACGAGCCAAUGACAUUUGGGGACGGUGGCUCCGACGACGGAAGAUUCUGCGCCGACUGUUUCAGGAACAAUGUCUACGGGAAGUUCCGUCUCGCCGUCACUUCUCACGCCAUGAUCACUCCUUCAGAUAACGUCCUCGUUGCUUUCUCUGGUGGAUCGUCUUCAAGGGUUGCUCUUCAGUUUGUGCACGACUUGCAGAUCAAGGCUUUGAAGAAUUUCGAGGCGAGUAGAGAUAGGUCUUUACCAGUGUUUGGUGUUGGCGUUGCGUUUGUGGACGAGAGUGGAGCUUAUCCUGCUCUUUCCACUGAAAUGGAUGAUGCGGUUGCCUGGAUUAGAUCCACUGUAUCGAGUUUGUCAAAGGAUCUCCACGUUGUUCCAAUCGAAAGCGUGUUUGGUUCUGACUCUGUUGAAGCAAGGGAUAGGCUUGUAAAGCUAUUGGAGUCUGUGAGUGAUGAGACUGGUAAAGAAGACCUUGUCCUGCAUCUCAGAAUGUUGUCUCUGCAAAAGGUUGCUUCUGAGAAUGGAUACAACAGAUUAGUGGUGGGAUCAUGCACGUCGAGAAUCGCUUCCCAUGUUCUCACGGCCACUGUCAAGGGACGAGGUUAUUCACUAUCAGCAGAUAUUCAGCAUGUUGAUGCGAGAUGGAAGGUUCCCAUUGUGUUUCCACUUCGAGAUUGUGUUUGGCAGGAGAUAACUAGAUUCUGCCAAUUGGAUAGUCUAAAGACUAUGGAGUUGGCUCGUCAUCCUCAGUCAGGGAUCAAUGAAUUGGUGUCUACAUUUGUUGCUCUCUUGCAGGAAGAGAAUCCUUCUCGGGAGUGCACAAUAGUGCGUACAGCGGCAAAGCUGACACCAUUUCACUUCAACAAAAUCCCUGAAACAGACGACUCUAACGUUCCUAUGGCUACUCAGAGGCGUCUAAAGAAAUUCAAUCUCAAAUACGACGGUUCCAUGACGACAGAAGCGUUCUGCCCUAUCUGCAACGGCCCGCUAAACGGAUCAGACUCAUCAGAUUUCAACACUUUCGAAGAAGAAUGCAAUGAAUCCGAUGCCCUUUACGCUGCUUGCUGUUCAAGCUGCCGGUUUCAGAUACUUCCGCAGGAUCGAUCAUCUCUUGAGCGUUUCGGAUCAUUUCUACCACAUCAAAUACUUUCCCAUCAGAAGAAGGUUAACAGUCAAGCUUAUCUGAGGGAGAAAAUAAAAGACUGUUUGAUCUUGGACAAUGACGGUGAAGAGGCUGUCUAA